AUUAAGUCAUUUAUUUAUUUACAUAGCCAAAAAACGGACAGCCCUCUGAGGACAACCCAUUUAAAAGAUGACUGUGAUGAAAUACAAUAAUUAGUUCCUCAGUUAUUAUUUGAAGAGCUUUUACAGAGUGAAGGUUUGAUGGAACUAUAAAAGAUAUUGAAGGCGAAUUUAAACGGAGCAUUAUUAGGGCAGACGGUCAGUGAUCUUCUGUGUGCCGAUGCACUGCGCGCUUCGCUUUCUGAUGAGGCAUCCUCAGCUCUACAACACACAGAUCCUGUAAAGAUGGAGUUUAGCGAGAGGAAAAGAAGAAGGAAAUCUCAGAGCUUCAAACUGGUCCAUGAGCAAGAGCAAGAUUUUGACGCAAGGAGUUUUGACAAUGCCGUCAAUAUUCAUGUCAAUGGAGCAUCAAAAGAUACUGCCAUGCCAGAAGCCUGGUUGGGUGAUGAGGGUGUGGAGAUUAAGAGACAGAUCACAGGCAUGAUGCGUUUGCUGAGUGACAAGGCCGGCCGGAUGUACCAGCGUGUGGGAGCAGAGGGAAACAGCCUCAAACAGGAGCCCCAGGAGGAGCACCUGAGCUGGGCACAGCCGGCUGCUUUGCCACCAGAACUGGAAGACCCCCAGAUCAGUGUCUGGAGCUCAGCAGGGGAAACAGAGCCCAGUCCCAUGUCUAUACCCAAUCUAGUCCCCAACGGCCAGGGGUCUGGCCAAUACGGCACACGCUCCAAGACCCAGAGGAUGCUCAACACAACCACCAAAGGCACAUUCAAAACUAAUGAUGUGGCUCCUGCAGUGGUAGAGGCUCCCUGCUGUAUGUGUAACUGUAAGAGCACCUUACAGGCUAUUCUACAGGAGCUACGCACCAUGAGGAGGCUAAUGCAGACACAGAAAGGUUCCCAGGAGAAGCAGGAGCACAGGGCCCCUCCCUGCCCCCCUUGCCCUGUCCCUACAGCUCCGCGUCGCAGACCCCGCAAGAGACGUCCUGUCCACAAGGUUGCUCCACUGAGCGCACCCAGCAAGAGGGCAUCUGUUCCCCCUCUCCCCCCCUCAUCCCCCGCCUGUGUACCCCUGGAGUCCGGGGGAAGGAGGGAGGGGGGGAGCAGAGAGCUGGAGAGACCUGUGCACACCCCUGCCUCACCCUCCACCUCACCCGAGCUCUCAGUACAAACCCUGUCCAUGCAGAACAAGCCCAUCCCUGGUGACGAUAAACACAAUCCUAACUAUAGACAACCCAAAGGUCUUCAAACCUCAGAGAGUGAGGUGCGCCUAGCGGAGGACUAUGAGGUGUUUAUUCCCAAGGCGCAGCUGGACUCAAUCCUGGUCAACUACACACGCUCUGGAAGCCUGCUCUUCAGGAAGUUGGUGUGCGCCUUCUUUGACGACACCACGCUAGCUAACUCACUGCCCAACGGCAAGAGGAAGAGAGGUCUGAACGACCAAAGGAAAGGACUGGACCAGAACAUUGUGGGAGCCAUUAAAGUGUUUACAGAGAAGUACUGCACAGCUCACAGAAUAGAGAAGCUGCCAGGCCCUCGAGAUUGGGUCCAGAUACUACAGGACCAAAUCAAACUUGCCCGCAGACGACUAAAGAGAGCAGAGGCUACAGACCCUCAGGACAUCUUCAACAGACCUUGCACAGAAUCUCUUCAGCUGUCCGGAGAGAGGGAGGAGAGGGAGUUUCUAUCAACAGGCUAUGACUACAACAAGCCAGCAUGUUUGGUUAAGGUGGGGAAGGAUGUGACUGAUUGAUGCCGGUGCUGUGAACCAGCAACUUGCAAUGAAGAUACAACGCACUGUACUUUAUGUCUUUGUUGCUCCACUAACUUGAUGCGUUGUGCCUCUUUAGAAAGUCCAUUUUGGAGAUGUAUUGUUCUUUUACAGCUAUGUCAAAAUUGUAUUGUGGUUGUAGAGAAAAAAACAUGACAGUGACCAAAAUAAGUUGGUUAGUGAAAUGUAGUUAGUUUCCAUGGACUGCUUUGUUUUACAUAUGCACACCACAUGCACACACACAGACACACACAGAAAUACACACACACACACACCAGUCUGACCAGUAUAGUCUAGCUGGUUCUGCUGGCUGACCAGCAAAGUCUAGCUAGUUAUGCUGGAAGACCAGCAUGGUCUAGCUGGUCUGACCAGCAUGGUCUAGCUGGUUAUGCCGGCAGACCAGCCUUCGUUGUGUUUUCACUGGUGACCUACCUUCAUUGUGUUUUUGCUGAUGACCAGCCUUCACUGUGUUUUCGCUGGCAGACCAGCCUCUGUUGUGUUUAUACUGGUGACCAGCUUUCGUUGUGUUUUCGCUGGUGACAAGCCUUCGUUGUGUUUUUCGCUGAUGACCAGCCUUUGCUGGGUUUUGGAUGCUAGCAGAUACCCAGAGACAUAAAAAUGGUAUCCACAAGUUCAUCUGACUCUGGGGAAGGAGAUAAAGGGCCUCAUUGCCAAAAUUCUCACGUAUCCCUUUAACUGAAUUGUUCGAAACAAGAUUCAUGUUAGAAAUGAGAGGAUCGUCCAGAGUCGAGGUCAUGUGGGAAACACUCUCAGCAACAAAUGUGUGCUUCCCCACCAUAGACCAGGGUUCAAAUACGACUCACCCUUAAUGCUAUGUGUCUGUCUAAGUAAUGCAAAAAAUACUAAAGGUAGAGUGGAAUUCCACUCUCCAUAAAAUUAAUGAGAGGUUUUUUAGUGCAGGACUUAAAUUAACACUCAGUGUUGUAAAAUAACCCCUUUGUGUUAAUAACCAGAGUUGAGCGUGAUUGUGUCAUUUCUACUCUGUAGUAUAACAUUGACACUCAAAACCACGCCUAUCAUAUUUCCCAGCAUGCUUUAUUGCAGGUAUAUUUUUUUGAAUUGUUGGUGUCAAUAUCUGUGUUUUUGCAUGCACGUUGACUGAUAAAUGGAUUGAUUGAGUAAUCUUAUGCUGUACCAAGCUAAAUAACAUACCUUUUUCUAAACUAAUCCAAUCCAUUAAUCCGUUGGACUUAUUGCACCCUUUACUGAGAUGAUUUUCCAGUUUAAAUGGUUUAGGUCAGGGAUGGGCAACUGGUGGCUCCCUUUUUGUAUACCCGCAGAUCAAUUUCCAAAAGCAGAAGAUUUUUUUUUUUUAGGGGGGGGGGGCGGGUUUCGGUCUCAAUUUACUGUUGAGAGUUAGAAUAGUACAAUACACAAGGUGCAAUUUCUAAAUUUGGUUGUGCUUGAGCAGUUUUUUCUUAUGUCAAUCACUAGCUAGGUUUCCAUCCAAAGGAAAUAUGCUAAUUUUCCCAGAAGUGUUGUUGUGGAUAAAAGGCAGUGGGUGAUGUGGAUGUAGUGCACACACAAAAUCUACUUUUUUGCUUACGUUUUCAUGUACCGAAUAAAAAUCUAAAGUUCAAUGUGUUUCAAUCGCAUUUUCAACUCUACCGAUAGUUUUGUCACAAAAACUAUUGCAUUAAAUGGAAAAUCUGCCUACCCUGGCCUUGGCACGUGUGCUCUAGCCAAAAGCUUGCAGAUACAGUGCAGGUAGCCUGUGCGGUGGUCUACAUGAUGAGAUUAUUAUGAAUAAGAGCGAGAAUAUAUUUUUGGGUCAAAUGGCAGUCAAGCAUCAAUCAUCAUGUCACCUGAAUAAUACCCUCAAUAUUUAUUGUAAAGGUGCAUCAAUAUCACUGUGCACUUUCACCACGCUGUGAAGUUCAUCAUAACCUUUUUGAUCUGUAGCCUAAUAAACUGCAUGGUUUCCCGAGUCAUAGUGGGAGGACUACACACCAUAUCAUCUCAUGACUCCAAGUUUACUUCGAUAUGAUGGUUAUCAUAUCGAUAUUUGCGCAUAAAGGCGAUUCCCCCACAAUUUCUUGCAUAAUUAAUUUUACCAACACAAAACGAUCCCACCAUGUCGAAUGUCAAAUGAUCUGUCAGCAUUUAUAAAAUUGUACUGAAACUACCUGUUUCCAUCACAGCUGACGUGAUUCCUUUUUUAUAAGGUAUGACUUUACCCACAUUAAAACUGGAUGGAAAUGUGGUUACUGACAGUCACUCAAUUAGCUCAUGUCAACUAAAAAAUUUUACACUGCUAAAUUAGUCUAGCCAGCUAUCUAAACUUAAUUAUCAUGGUUGAAUUACAUGAUUUUGUUAGUCACUCUCCCUCAGAUAUCAUAUUAAAAACUGCAAACAUUUCUCUCCACCCUAUGGAAAAAUGUGAAGAUUUGCAGGAAAUGACCCAAUGGAAAAAUAUGUAGAGUGGCAAAAAAGAAAAUCGGGAAAUUAACUUCUGUUUUUUUUUCUCCUGUCCAGCGGCGACACUAAAAUGUUAGGGCCGGCUCUGACUGCAUAUGUGUGUAUGGAUGUGGUUACGCAGACCCGCGAGCCACUGUGGGCCCCUCAUGAUGAGUUCAGAUUUUUUGUGGCCCUAACCCAAACAAAGUUGCCCAUCUCUGGUUUAGGUAGUCUCCUUUGUCCAAUUCUCCCUACCUUGGCAGUCAUUCUAAAAUGCUGGUUGCAAAUUCCAAUUGCUGAAUAUCUUGACUGUCUGGAUUGCAAUAGGAAUUACAUAUCACUUUGCAAGCCAGCAUAAUGUGACAUGCUUGUUGUGGCCUGCAAACCAGGAGUUUCAGACCACUGUGCUGGGGUAAAACUAGGCUGUUGAGGUAUAGCCUUAUGAUACAGUAUGUAAUGUGUUGUCAUGAAGGGUAACAUUUUAAGGACACUAUAUUCACUUAGGCACUCACUUGGUGAAACUACUGGUUUGAUAAGAAUUAAAUGCAAAACCAUGUUUCUGUCACUAGCUAACACAGUCACGGUGACUCACGGGUGGUAAUUCCAAUGUUCACUAACUGGCACUCUGGGGUAUAUGCAGAUAUUUGCCCACAUUUGCAUAUAUCACAGUGUGCUAAAUUCAUUAACGCCAGUAAAUGGAAUUUGCACAAUUAUAAUACAAUUGAAGUUUGACCAUUUUUAAAAUUCCAAUUCCAUUCAUUGGGAUGUUUUUAUUUUCCAAUUCCAAUUCAAUUCCAAUUCCAUUCCAAGGAUGGUUUUGUUCUUCAAUUCCAAUUCAAUUCAUAUUACGACAGUCUAAAUCCAAUCCAAUUCCAUUCCAAGGAUGGUUCAUGUUUAAUUCCAAUUCAGACAAUCUAAAUUCUAAUUUAAAUCAAAUGAAGUUGUUUGAAGAUUGCUGCAAUUCCAAGUAAAUUCUCUACUUCCUGCUUGAAUUCGAGAAUUGAAUUUGAAAUACAAUUGGAAUUGACCCCAACCCUGCUGGUCACCAGCGAAAACACAACGGCUGGUCACCAGUCUGUGCUGGUCUAUGCUGUUUUUUUUCAGCAGGGUUGUUGUCUCUUUAUGACUGUUUAUCUGAAAACAAAGGUGGAUAACUUCCUGGUAACUCUUUGUUUUGCACUUGUAAAGUCCCUCAGUCCUACAAAAUAAAAACAACAUCUCUUCCAGGUGACAUCUUUGAACUUAUGAACCUCAAAUGUACGGAUUGCGCCUUUUAAAAUAGUUCUGGUUUUGUAUACCAUGUAGACUGUAAUGUGUUGUCUUAAUGGCAUUCUAAUCUGCCACUCACUAUGCACCUCAGUGCCAUUUAUGUUAUUAAUGUGACCAAUAGGACAGUACUGUUUUUAUUUGUGUUCACUGUGCCACCUGCCAACACCUUCAUGUAAGGCUCCUUUGUGUACAUGUACAGUUGACUGUGUAUAAUACAUAUUAAACUAAAUAUGAUCUGA